AUUGAAAUUAAAACUUUUUGAAUUCAUUUGCAUUUAUUUUUCGUGAAAAAAUGUUUGUGAGUGUGGUCUGUACAAGCAAUACGUCACAGAUUCUGCAUGAAGUUAGCGUCUCUUUGGCGCACUUCUCAAAAAGUAGUAUUUAGUUCCGCUAGUAACAAGUCAGCACUACUUCCUCAAAGAUUCACAUCUAGCCUGUCUUCACCAAGUUUAGCGAAGAAUAUGAGCGUCCUAAAUGGGCAAAAUGAUAUUGAUUCUCUGCGCGCAAAAAUUCGGGAGCAGGGUGACCUUGUGAAACGACUCAAAGAAGAAAAUGCACCUGAUAGUGUACUGAAAGAGACUAUUUCAAUUUUGAAAUCUUAUAAAAAGGCUCUGGAUGAUAAGGAAAUUGAAUUGUCUCCAAAAGAUCCCUUAUUCGACCGUGCUAAACUAGAAGACCUUCUGAAACAAAAGUUCUUUUAUGAUCAGUCGUUUUCAAUUUAUGGAGGUGUACAAGGUCUCUACGACUAUGGCCCAAUGGGUUGCGCAAUGAAAGCUAACUUACUAUCUGCCUGGCGACAGUUCUUUAUCUUGGAAGAUCAUUUGCUAGAAGUAGAUUGUUCAAUGCUGACACCGGAGCCAGUCCUACAAGCCUCUGGACACGUCGAUCGCUUCACGGACUUAAUGGUUAAAGACGUCAAAACGGGUGACUGUUUCCGUGCUGACCACUUAGUGAAGGCAGCACUUGAAGCCAAAAAGAGUAACAAGAAGACUCCCGAGAAUGAAAAACAGGAAAUUGAUCAAAUGCUGAUUCAGUUGGAUAAUUAUGGAGCCGAUGAGCUAAACAAAAUUAUUCGUCGUUUCGACAUGAAGUCACCGACUACAGGAAAUGACUUAACCGAACCUCAGGAAUUUAAUCUAAUGUUUUCCACUAUGAUUGGUCCUACAGGUCAAUGUAAAGGUUAUCUUCGUCCGGAGACUGCUCAGGGGAUAUUCGUUAAUUUUCAAAGGCUGUUGCAUUUUAACCAAGGUCGUCUUCCUUUUGGAGCUGCACAGAUUGGCUCAGCCUUUCGAAACGAAAUUAGUCCACGUUCAGGAUUGAUUCGUGUGCGUGAAUUUACCAUGGCUGAAAUUGAAUACUUUGUGGAUCCUACUGAUAAAAGUCAUCCCAAGUUUGAAGAGGUGAGGGAUACAAAAAUGUUAUUAUAUUCAGCAUGUGAUCAAAUGAGCGGUGAAGGGCCUAGAACAGUCACUAUCGGAGAAGCAGUUGACAAGGGUAUUGUUGCGAACCAAACGUUAGGCUACUUUAUGGCGCGUAUACAUUUAUUCUUAAUCCACAUUGGAGUAGAUUCAAAACGCCUACGUUUUCGACAGCAUUUAUCAAAUGAGAUGGCUCAUUAUGCCUGUGAUUGUUGGGAUGCUGAAUGUCAAACAAGUUAUGGUUGGAUUGAAUGUGUUGGUUGUGCUGACAGAAGUUGUUAUGAUUUAAAUCAACAUAGCAAGGCAACAGGUACUCGUUUAGUAGCUGAAAAACGAUUAGAUGAACCUCAAACUGUACAAAUAUGUGAAUGUGUGCCUAACAAAGGUGAACUUGGCAAAGUGUUCCGUGGAGAUGCUAAAGCAAUCAUACAACAAUUGAGCUCACUUACACUUGAUGAAUCUCUUUCAUUAAAGAAUGAAUUAGAAAAAAAUGGAAAAGUUACAUUAACUGUCAAUGGUAAGCAACUGGAUGUCACUCAGUCAAUGGUUCAAAUGAAAGAAUACGAAAAUGUUGUACAUGUGAAAGAAAUAGUGCCUAAUGUUAUUGAACCUUCAUUUGGAAUUGGUCGAAUCUUAUACACCAUAUUUGAACAUUCUUUCCGUGUACGAGAAGGUGAUGAACAACGAACUUAUCUGUCUGUAUCUCCAGUAUUGGCUCCGUAUAAAUGUUCUUUGCUUCCACUUUCAAAUCAUCCGGAUUUUGCACCGAUUGUACGCAAACUGUCUAUUGAACUGACUAAAUGUGGAGUUUCACAUCGAGUCGAUGAAAGCAGUGGAUCAAUUGGAAGACGUUAUGCUCGUACAGAUCAAAUUGCUAUACCAUAUGGAAUUACUGUUGAUUUUGACACUUUAAAUAAAUUGCCUGCUUCAGCAACUCUUCGUGAACGUGAUAGCAUGAAACAAAUUAGAGUUCCUUUGGAUGAAUUACCAUCAUUAGUCUCUGAUAUUGCCAAUGGAAUUCGAUCAUGGGAGGAUGCAAGAGAAAAAUAUCCAUCAUUUGAACAACAGGAAACGGGCUCAAUAACGCCUGAAAAACGAACAGCAACAACAACACCGCAGCCCUCAACAAACAAACAUCCUGAUAAUUUAUUACAUUCACUUGCUAAAGAUAACUUGAGUUUUGAUGAAAUUAGCAAAGAAUCAAUAGAGCAAGAAGCUCGUGUUAGCGAUACACAACAUCACACUAUUCAUGACAGUGAAACACAAUCUAAUGCAUCCAAAAGUUCUCUGUCAUCAAAAGAUAAAUGUACCAUUCAUACUGGGAAGAAACCUCUUAACUGGACAGACUGUGGUAAAGCUAUUCGAAAACGCUAUAAGGAGCAGGAGGAACGAGAAAAAAUACUUAGUAUGCAGAAUUCAGUAACACUGUCUUCUAGUUUAUCAAGUGAUUUACCACGUGACAUAGACACCAGAAGUAGUAUUUCAGGAUAUGAUGCUGAUCAUGAAGAUAAUAUUGGUAGUCGUCUGAAUGCAAACAACUCUCCAUCUCCUUAUGCUGAAGCCGAUAAUGUUCAUCAGCUCUCUGGUGUUAGUCCUGAGCCUAGUCAAUCCAUAUUAAAAGAUGAAGAGACUUAUUCAAAAUCCUCAAAUAAUAUCACAUCGGAUAAAAAAUCCGCUGUUCUUGAUAACAGCAAUAGUCCAAUCGACAAUUUGUCAGAAUGGCCGUCACUCUUGUCUAAUAUAAAACCAAAAGAAAAUCUCCCGCACCAUGGCCUUUUCGUUGGAGAUGGAUGGCCAAAUGGAAAUAAAAAAGAAUCGAAACCUAAUAAUUCUCAUAGUUGUGCACCAGAACGUAAUCAUUCUUCGAGUAAAUCUCAUCUUCCUUCGGAACCAGCACUAUCCAGUACUCAGAAAUCUGGAAGUCUUCACGUAAGUGACCAAGAACGCCCUGAAUGGGCUUCCCUUUUAGCCCAGCUUAAUCAACCACAUUUCGAAGCCGAAAUGAGUCAAUAUCUUGACACUGGUUCACCCAAAGUGAAAAGUAAUCAUGCGCCAUCUAAUAAGUGCACAACAAAAGACAAUAGUGAGGUGGUAAAUUCCGGAUCAACUGAACCGUCUCAUCAUGGUCUUUUCGUGGGGAGCGGAUGGCCAAGUGUAAAAUCGAGUAAGAAAGAAGCAAUUCAUACGUCGGAAAGUCCUGAUCAUACGGAAAUUAAAUCUCAAGAAAUGUCCAAGAAUAAAAAGACUGUAUCGAAUACUGAACUGGGGGAGAAAGCAAACAACAAUGAUUGGGGUUCAGUUCUCACUCAGAUUCCUCAAAGUCUUUUAGAUUCAGAACAAAUGCAGAUUGGUCAACUGAAUUUAAGUGACGUCAACGCAUUCAGCACUGUGAAGUUAGAGUCAGACACUCAACUGACAUCAGUGCCUCAAAAUCCUGAGCCUAUUUCUCAUUCUCCUCUCACACCAAAUCUUCCAGAAAAUUCUGGCACUUCUGCAGAACUUGAACAGUCUGCUAAAUUGCAAUCCAUAACAUCAAUGAGUCAACAUAGCGAUACUGACGACAAACGCAACAUUCACGCACCAAGAGAUACUGUUUCUCAAGAUGUUCAUGACACUACUGUCAUGCAAAAUGACAUAAAAAAUACCUCGGUAUCAUUUGACAAUAGCACCUUGUGUGCUUCUUCUCAUAUUAAAACAGAUGCUAAAAUUGAGUCAAAUAUAAACCUAACAGAAGCUAAGCAAAAUGUAAAUGAUGUUGAGCAUUCAAAUCAAUCAGUAGUGAGCAAUGUGAUACCAAAUUCUGAUCCUCAACCAUUAGUUGAUACAAAGAAGUCUGAAUCACCUGAUAAUUCAACCGAACCUGCCACUAAUGUUCAUGAUAAUGCUAAGCAUACAGAAGCUACUUUAUCCAAAGAUAAACCGAAAAAGAAUAAGAAUAAACACAAGAAAAAGAAGAAAUAA